GGGGCGGGGCCGGUGCGCCCGCGAUGGCGCCGGGCGGCGCCCGGAGCUGCGCGGGAGGUUCCGGGCGGAGCGGGAGCUUCCGGGAGCGGCCGCGCUGAGGAGGAGGAGGAUGAAGAAGGAGCAGGUGGCGCACUGCCAGUUCUCCGUGUGGUACCCGCUUUUCAAGGCCGUCACCAUCCGCAGUGUUAUACUUCCCCUGCCAGAGAAUGUGAAAGAAUAUUUGCUGGAUGAUGGAACACUGGUGGUUUCUGGAAGAGAAGACCCACCAAGUCAUGCUCAGGAGGGGAGUGAUGAUGCAGAGGAGAUACAGUGGUCGGAUGAUGAGAACACUACAACACUUAAGGCACCAGAAUUUCCUGAGUUCACAGCUAAAGUUCAGGAAGCCAUAAUUUCCUUGGGUGGCAGUGUUUUUCCUAAACUCAACUGGAGUGCUCCAAGGGAUGCCUACUGGAUAGCAAUGAACAGCUCUCUGAAAUGUAAAGCUCUCAGUGACAUCUUCCUUCUCUUCAAGAGUUCAGACUUCAUAACUCGUGACCUCACUCAGCCAUUUAUUCACUGUACUGAUGAUUCCCCUGAUCCUUCCUUGAACUAUGAGCUUGUUCUUCGCAAAUGGUGUGAAUUGAUCCCUGGUGCAGAAUUCAGAUGCUUUGUCAAGGAAAACAAGCUUUUAGGUAUAUCACAGAGGGACUACACUCAGUACUACGAUCAUAUUUCUAAGCAACACGAGGAGAUCUGUAGAUCCAUACAGGAGUUUUUCAAGAAACACAUACAGUAUAAAUUCUUGGAUGAAGACUUUGUUUUUGAUGUGUACAGAGACAGCAGGGGUAAGAUUUGGUUAAUAGAUUUUAACCCAUUUGGUGAAGUAACAGACUCUCUACUCUUUACAUGGGAAGAACUCACCUCUGGAAAAAACUUGAAAGGAGACCAGAGUGAAGGGGAAGCAACAGAACAGGAUUAUCCAGUGUUCCGUUGUACAAACAGCAAAGUCACUGUCCAGCCCAGUCCCUACCUGAGCUAUCGACUGCCCAAGGACUUUGUGGACCUUUCCACAGGAGAGGAUGUUCACAAAUUGAUUGACUUUCUUAAACUGAAAAGAAAUCAGCAAGAUGAUGACUGAGGUACCCAGAAGCAUUACAUUGAAUUACAAGCAAGAGAUGUGGCAAAAGCUGUAUUUAGCAUAGCUAUUAAACUAUUGAUUUAAAGAAAACCUGCUUUUUAUAGUCAAAAAGAACUGAAGAGCUGUUCAUCCUCUAUUGGUUUAUAGAAAUGUGCAGGGAAGCUUCUUCAGGGAAACACAAAAGGUCAGGGUGAGUUCUCACUGGAUUCCAGGUGCAGAGAAGCAGCAGCCUGAGUGCAGCUGAACGACUGCUUUCCAUUUUUCAUAAUGUGAACAUUGAUGCCACUGAUCCACGCCUUCGGACUCCCCAGUGUAAAUAUGGCAACAUGUAAUGCUUGUGCAGUAAAAACAUGGAGCAUUCUCUGAAUUUAGUCUUGCUUAAUAUGUAGUCACAAAGAAAAAGGAAUGUACAUUUUUAUCUGGAGCAACCUUUUAAAAUUGUAAAUUGAUUUUGUUUGGGAGCACUUCUCAUCCUUUAUGUAAAAAUAAAAAUAAAAAAUGGAGAAGGGACUUUUUCUUUGUUACAAGGGCUAAUAUUUCAUUUCAGAGAACAGCUAUAGCUAUAGUAGAAUACUUAAGGUUUGAAAAUUUUACAUAUUGGGAAUUUAAAAUUCUGAAUGCAUUUGAAAUAAAGUAGUAUUUUCACAGUCACUAAAGCAACAAAAUUCAUUUAACUUCACCAAAUUUUAUUUCAUUUUCAUAGUAAAGCUUUCUUGAAACCUGUUUUUUAACAUGAUUGCAUACUAGACAUCAUCUGUGACUUUAAUAUACAUAAUUAACAUCACCCUAUAAUUUUA